AUGUUGCCUCCUCGACCUGUACAAAAAAAGGGAGCAUAUAUUAAACGGAUAUUUAUUGAAAUUUCCCCUUGUGAGGAAGCAAAUGAAAUAACCCCGAAUCCAUAUGUUCCGCUGACCACUCGUAAUGUCGUCAAAAAACACCUGAAAAAAGUGCGGUUAGAAAUACCUGAUGCACCUCAUCAUCGCUUCUUCAUUCAGCAAAAUAUUCUCAAUUUUUUUUUUUUUUGUUGUUUAUUAUCCUUCUUUUUCAAUCAAUCAUUUUCUUUUUCUUCUUUCUUUUUCCUUUUUUUUCUUUCUAUCUUUAUCCUUUUUCUUUCUUUUUCUUCAUUUUUGUUCAAUUUUUUCUUUUUGUUUAACUACUUCACUGUCUUUAUUCCUUUUCUUUGUGUUUCUUUCUUUCUUUCUGUCCUUCUUUCUUUCUUUCUUCCUUUCUUUCUUUUCUUUCCUUCUUUCUUUCAUUCUUUUUACUUUCUUCUUAUUUCUUCCUUCCUUUUUCCCAUUCUUCUUUCUUACAUUUUAUGUAAGUCUUUUCCUUCCUUCUUUCUUUCCUUCCUUCCUUCAUUCAUUCCUUCCUUCCUUCCUUUCUUUCUUUCUUUCUUUCUUUCAUUCUUUCUUUCUGUUCUUUAUAAGUCACUUGCUUUUUAUUUUCUUCUUUCUUUCUUCCUUCUAUCUGACAAUUUUGCUUUUAUUCGUCUUGCUUUGUUUUCUUUUUCGUUUUCUUUGUUUCGCUUCUUUCUUUUGUUCGCUUCUCUAAUUCUUUUGCUUUCUUUCUUUUUUGUCUAUUUGUUUUCUUCUUUCUAA